AUGCAUUAUCCAUCUCGUCUACUUUCUUAUUGGAUUCCUGCUGAUAUUGCUAUAUCACCAAUCAAUCAACAUAUAUUUAUUGCUGAUAUGUCGUUUAAUCGAAUAUUACAUUUGUCACCAGAAGCUGUUUAUAUAUCAACGCUUAGCUUACCUAUUGAGCAAUCAAAACCUUAUUCGCCAGUUAAGUUGACGACAGAUUUAGCUGGCUAUUUAUAUGUUGCAACUGGUGCUAAUGGUUCGUUUGCAAUAAUCUAUAAAUAUAGGACAACUGAUGAACAACUAAUUAAAAAUAUUUCUUUACCUCUUUAUAUUCCUGCAGCAUUGACUAUUUCGCCUAUCAAUGGUGAUAUCUACGUAGCAACUACAGACAUUGAAGAUACAUCUGUCUAUGUCUUAAAUAAAAAUGGUCAACAAGUUAAUAAAUUCAAUGCAUCGAAUUUCUUGCCACCACUUAAUCAACCGACAGCAUUAACUUUGGACGAAACUGCAGAAAGAUUAUACGUUGCUGACAGGAAUGAUGCAUCGACUGGCAGAGUAUUUCUUGUCAAUUCACAAACUGGCAAACAGAUACAAUCCUAUAUAAACAGUAAUAUAUAUCGUCCAACAGCGAUAGUAGUUGAUGCUAAUCUAAAUGUCUAUGUUGCCGACAUGGCUACUAACUAUAUCAUUGCUUUAAUGCCAAAUGGCACAUUGAUACGUACAUAUACUAAUAGUUUAUACAAUCCACAAGGUCUCACAUUUGUAGCUGAUGGUAAUUUACUAUUAUCUGAUACUCUAAAUGCUCGACUAGUAUUAUUCAAUGCUAUAACAACAAAAGUUUUGCAAGUUUAUUCUAGUAAUGAUCCAGUAUUAAUUGCACCUCGUUUAGUAGCACUUGAUAAUAGUGGAGAUAUUUAUGUUAACAGUUUAACUGAUGAUGCAGCCUACAAUAUUUUAAAGAAGCUAACAAUUACGAACUCAUCUACUAAUAUUACACAAAUUAUUAAUCCAAAACCUCAUUUCGGUUUUCCAGUUGGUUUAGCUUUGGACAGUAAAGGUCAGAUAUAUGUUAGCGAUGCUGAUGUUCCAUACGGUUACAUUCUUAUUUUUGCAUCGAAUGGUACUGAACAAGGUAGAAUCUAUACAAGCAAUCCAUCACUGACGAAUCCUCAUGGUAUAGUUGUAGAUUUACAGGGUAAUUUGUAUGUUGCCGAUAGUGGUAAUGCUCGUGUAAUUAAAUUAUUGAUCAAUGGAACGAUAAUACAAGUCUAUAAAACGACGCCAUCAUUACAGUUUGUUUAUGAUGUAAAAGUUAGAGAUGAUGGAAUUCUUUACAUAUCCGAUAGUCAGUGUGCAUGUAUCUAUCAGCUGACUAAUGAUGGUAGGCAACUUGCAGUCAUACAAUUACAAUCUCAAACGUAUCUUGUUAAUCCAUUUAUUACUCUUUUCCCGUCUGCUGCCUCUUCUAAUCCAGACCUAUUAGUUACAAUUACAUAUCCUUCACCACAAAUCAAUCAUUAUUCACCAAAUGGUACUCUAAUAGCGAGUUUCACAGUUCCACCAUCGGCCUCAACUAGCUGGACUCCUUAUACUUCUGUCAUUGAUGAAAAACAUCGUUGUUUAAUUGUAGCUGAAUCGGGUAGAAGAGUUAUGUUCUUUGACUUGUGA